UAUUUGUUUGCCUUAUCUAAUUUAAAUAAACUUAAUAGAGUGUUUUAGUAAAAACUAUUUCUUGAACUUUGACGUUUGUUUUAUUUCGUUUAGUCAUUUUGCAAUAAAGUAUCUUUUCAAUCUGUGAUAAGGUUAAAAUUAUAGUGAUGACAGAUAUGUACUCAUUUUCGCUUAUGAAAUUCUCGCUUAAAGUGCAAUUACACAUUGAAGUUAUAUAAGAUAUCAAUAAUAUAUCAAUCUCAAAACGAGAAUUUUUCUUGCAUUAUUGUGUUCUGUCUCAAAUAUCUGUUUGAAAUAUAUUUGGAUUGGUGAAAAAAAUUCUACUUUUUUCUCUCAUAUUACAAUAUCUGAAAUAAUGUCUGAAAAAAUCAUAUUAGUCACUGGAGGCACUGGUCUCGUGGGAAGAGCUAUUGAACAGGUUACAAAAUCUAAUGCUAUGCCUGGAGAAACUUGGAUAUUUUUAUCAUCGAAAGCUGGAAAUCUAGUUGAUGCUGCAGAAACGGACUUAAUAUUCCAGAAAUACAAACCAACUCAUGUAGUACACUUAGCAGCAAUGGUUGGAGGAUUAUUUCGAAAUCUGAAAUUCAAUUUAGACUUUCUGAGGAAUAAUAUACAUAUAAAUGACAAUGUACUAAACAGCAGUUUUCACCAUGGAGUAAAAAAAGUUGUUUCUUGUUUAUCAACAUGCAUAUUUCCAGAUAAAACUACUUACCCGAUUGAUGAAACAAUGAUUCACAAUGGACCACCUCAUAGUUCCAAUUUUGGCUAUUCAUAUGCAAAGCGGUUAAUUGAUGUCCAAAAUCAUGCUUAUCAUACUCAACAUGGAUGUAAUUUUACUGCUGUAAUUCCCACUAAUGUUUUUGGACCGUAUGAUAAUUUUAAUUUAGAAGAUGGCCAUGUGCUUCCUGGACUUAUUCACAAAACCUAUGAGGCACAAAAAAAUGGAGCGCCUCUGGUCAUUUGGGGAUCUGGAAAACCUCUUAGACAAUUUAUUUAUUCAUUAGAUCUGGCAAAACUUAUUAUUUGGGUACUGCGAGAGUAUGAUGAAAUCGAUCCAAUUAUUUUAUCAGUUGAUGAAGAACAAGAAGUUAGUAUCAAAGAUGCUGCAUUGGCCGUAACUGAAGCUUUCAACUUCAAAGGCGAAGUUGUUUUUGAUACGACUAAAUCUGAUGGCCAACAUAAGAAAACAGCAAGCAAUGCAAAACUUCGUAAAUAUAAACCAGACUUUGUAUUCACGCCUUUUAAAGAAGCUGUAAAAGACACUGUGGACUGGUUUACAAAGAAUCAUGACAUAGCUAGAAAAUAGAACUUAGAGAAAUUACAGAGACUGGACUUAAUCUCAUCAAUAUAUUGAUGCUCUCAUCUAUGAAUGGAAUUAUUAUUAUGAAUGGAAUCUAUUAUUUCCAUAUAUUAUUUUGCAUUUAUAAGUUAAAUUAACUAUGUAAUAAUUAUAAAUAUUUUUGAUAAUGAAUUAAACUGAAAAGUAAAAAGCAUUUCUUAUGAAGUAGAUAUUUUUAAUAAUAAAAAAUUAUUUCGUUAAUGAAUGUGUGAUAAUGUAACAGUUAAAAAUAAAAAUUAAUAAUUACCUUCCUUAAUACUGAUACCAAUAAUAUCAAAACCUUUUCAAUAUGAAAAAACAAUAAUUUUUCUUUUCAUCUUCUAUUUUUGUUUUUUUGUUUUUUUUUUGUAAGCAAAUUUUUAAAGUCAAAACAUACAUUUUUAUAUAAUCUUAAAAACUUGUAAAAGGAAGAAAGAAAAAAAAACUAAACUAAUCUUAACACGUAGAAAAAUUUCAAAAAUACUAGUAAAGGAUUGUUUUAAACACCCAAUUUUUAAAAACUUAAUUUUGAAGUACUAUUAUUUUAAAACUAAGUUAUCUAGCAAGACAGGAGGCUUUUCUAAACAUCACUUUUUAAUUACUUUCGGAUCAACUGUAAAUAAUGUGUAUCAGUGCCUUUUUCAGAAAGAUUGAAAAUAAUCUUGCAGAAAAUAAUUUCUCCCAAGAUAAAAUGCAUUGUUUCAUUUAGAUACAUUAACUUAAUUGAGCCACUAUUAAAUGCCAUUUUUAUAGAUUGUUUAUUUUUUUAAAAAGAAAAUAAAUGCUUUUAAAAAAAAUGAAAAAA